UGUCCAUACUACCAUGUUGGCUUUGAGUAUCUGAUGAUGUGUCACUUCCAGGAUGCUAUCUGGGUCUUUGCCAAUAUCCUCCUGUACAUCCAGAGGACCACAUACAAGUAUGAAAUGAUUAACAAGCAGAAUGAGCAGAUUCAUGCUCUGUUGGCCAUUGCUCUCACCAUGUACCCCAUGCAGAUUGAUGAGAGCAUACACCUCCCGCUGCAUGAGAAUGGGAACAAGAUCCUCCAUAUGCAGAAGGGUAACCCCAAGGUCUAUGAAAACUAUGCCUGCCCCAAGUUCCUGUCACCUGUGGUGACCAACUAUGACAAUGUACAUCCUAACUACCACAAAGAGUCCUUGCUGAAGCAGCUGAAGGUGUUUUCUGAUAAAGUACAUCAGCAGGCCCAGCUCUCCACCAUCUGCAGCUUCCUCAAGCUCUACAACACCAUGCCAGUGGCCAAGCUGGCUGGCUUCCCGGACCUCACAGCAGAGCAGGAGUUCUGCAUUCAACUGCUUGUCUUCAAGCACAAGAUGAGGAACCUGAUAUGGACCAUUGGCAUUUCUGCCCUAGGUGGCAAAUUCCAGUCAGCCUUGGCCGUGAACUUCUAUAUUGGUAAGGACAUGAUCCACAUUGCAGAAAUAAAGGUCACCAAAUGCUGGGAUUUCUUUAUCCAACAUAUCCACAAAUUUGAAGAGCUUUAUCGAGCCCUGAAGAAGAUGACAGAAAGGCCCUGA